AUGCUUUUUUUCUCUCUCCUUUUUAUCCUCUCUUUAUCUUCUCUCUUUCUCUCCUUCUUUAUCUUUCUCUGCACACUUAGUUCUCUCUUUCUCACUCUUUCUUUCUUUCUCUCACUCUCUUUCCCACUUUCUUUCUCUCACUCUCUCUUUCUCACUCUCUCUCACUCUCUCUUUCUCACUCUCUCUCUCUCUCUCACUUUCUUUCUCUCACUCUCUCUUUCUCACUUUCUUUCUCUCACUCUCUCUUUCUCACUUUCUUUCUCUCACUCUCUCUUUCUCACUUUCUUUCUCUCACUCUCUCUUUCUCACUUUCUUUCUCUCACUCUCUCUUUCUCACUUUCUUUCUCUCACUCUCUCUUUCUCACUUUCUUUCUCCCCUUCUCUACUAUCUCUUUCGCUCUCUCAAUCUUUAUUGCUCUUUCUCUCUUCCUCCCUCUCACUCUUUCCUGCUCUCUUUCUCUUACUCCUCUCUUUCUCUCUCACUCCUCUCUCACUUUUUACUUACCCCUUGUUCAUUACUCUUUCUACUCCCUGGCAUUGUUUGCUGUCACAUUUUCACCAUUUCUGUAA